UCUAAUACAUUGAGGAAUCCCAUAAUUACCAAAGAAAACAGGGAAAUAUCUGACAGAUGUGGCACAGUCUCUGACAGCUUUAAAGAAUGCCGUCAGUUCUUCUACAUGCAUACAGUACCCACAGGUAUCCGAGGGGACAAUCUGAAGAGGAUAUGCCAACGAUAUGGAGAUAAACUACGCUACGCCACACUAUAUGACAGCAGUCGCCGUUUGGCGCUUUAUUCGGCUUACACCUUCAAAAAGUCUGAUGGACAGAGGAGGAUGGACACACCCUGGAUGUAUGAACCACAGUUGGUUUCUGCUGAUGAAAGUGGAAACAUGAGAGAGUUGCCCUCUAGUGGUGAAACCGACCAACUUCUUAAGGAGAGCCAAGCUGUGUUAGAAGACUAUGUUGAUGCGGUGGACUACGAGCGAAGCCCACUUAACCCUGACCAGCACCAGGCGGACAACCAAGACAAAGCAGCUACCUAUACUCUCACAAAUGUGGUACCUCAGAUCACAGACUUAUUGGAGGGUCCAUGGGCCAUUUAUAUCGAUACGGUACGCCGCCGCCUGAAUAACUUCUGCCGUGGUGCUGCCUAUGUGGUGACUGGGGUGACUGUAUCAGGUGUGACCAUCCGAAGAGGAAGAGAGGACCGCAUGGCCAUCCCAAAGCACUUGUGGUCCACUUAUUGCUGUCCACGGUUUGAUCGAAACUCACCCUAUGAUGUACGAUACAUGUUUCCCACAUAUGCAGCAUAUGCUUUGAAUGAGAUAGUGGGACACAGUGUUACAGAAGUGCCUUUGACAGCUUUAGAGACCUUUCUGAAAAAUCAGACUGGCAUGGACAAAAACGUGAACAUCUUUUUCAAAGACUGUCUCACAGAAAAUACACAUACCAAUAGCAAGUGA